GGAAUGAGUCUACUCUAGGCUUUUCGGGUAGCACAGGCCGGCAGGCCUGCUGCGGGGAGUUUGGGAGCUGUCGCAGCCGCUCACGAUGGAGGAACUGGACCAAGGCCUGUUGAUGCAGCCAUGGGCAUGGCUACAGCUUGCCGAAAACUCCCUCUUGGCUAAGGCUUACAUCACUAAACAGGGCUAUGCCUUGCUGGUUUCCGAUCUUCAAGAGGUGUGGCAUGAACAGGUGGAUGCCAGUGUGGUCAGCCGGCGAGCCAAGGAGCUGAACAAGCGUCUGACUGCUCCCCCUGAGGCUUUUCUUGGGCAUUUGGAUGAUCUGCUUCGUCCACUGUUGAAGGACAUUGUUUGCCUGGGAAAAGCUACAUUCUCCUGUGAUCGCGUGGCAGAGGCACUGAUACUACGGGUGCAGAGUGAGCUCUGUGGUCUCCCCUUCUAUUGGAGUUUCCACUGCAUCCUAGCUAGCCCUUCCCUGGUCUCCCAACAUUUGAUUCGUCCUCUGAUGGGCAUGAGCCUGGCCUUGCAGUGCCAGGCGAGGGAGCUGGCAACCUUGCUUCGUAUGAAAGACCUGGAGAUCCAGGACUACCAGGAGAGCGGGGCUACGCUGAGCCGAGAUCGGUUGAAGACAGAACCAUUUGAAGAAAAAUCUUUCUUGGAACAAUUUAUGGUAGAGAAACUACCAGAGGCAUGCAGUGUUGGUGACGGAAGACCCUUUGUCGUGAAUCUACAACACCUGUAUACGGCAGUCACCAGACAAGAGGUCCAAGUGAGACAGGAGCAUCCAGACACUGGAGAUCCUCAGACCUCAAGCAGUGCCUCCCCACAAGGAACUGAUAGUCACCUUCUGAACCAGCCAGAAGAGCUGGAUUCCUCAGCAUCAUCCCUCCCAGUGCCUGACGAAGAGCCCACGGAUACUUCAUGCCCUGCGCAGAGACCUCAGCUGUCCAAAGUCAAGAGGAAGAAGCUAAGGGGGCUCUUCAGUUAAACUGCCCACUCUCCCAGCUGCUGAGGAUGGACUUGGGGAGAGGUUUCCGAGUGCCGCCUAGAAAGGAGCUCCUGUGGCAGCAGUGUCUCUGACACAGUAUUGUGGUCAGAGGCAAGGUCACCGAAGUUCCUCAAGGUCGCUGAAGGCCGCCUGAAUGGGUACUAUGAAAUGAGGGAAUCUUGGCUCCAACCCAUCGGGCACUGGCCUUCUCUAUCCGAAUGGAAGCCGGUCUCUGGGAAUGCCAUACCCUCCUCUUUUUUGGUGGAGGUUCUCUAGACCCAGAGCCCUACCGUGGACUUCAGGUAUAUAGGACAAGUCAGCAGAAAGGCACAGCAUGCUUAGGAAGCCUUGCCUAUCUUUCUCAAGAGUCCCCUAAGCCAGUUCCGGGUGCUCCUCAGAGAGCCACUUCUCUCUUUAGCAUGGAAUAAAAACCACUCCCACUCCCCUGCUUACUCAUUCUGUGGAACCCAUUGCCCACUUCACUUUACUGGAUCCCACCCCACUAUUGUCUCGGGAUAAAGUCUAGACCUUCAGUCCAGCCCUUCAGGUACUUCUUAUGCAUCUCUCCUGUGGAUGUGCUAAACCUCCACCUGGGAACUUUAAUCUUGAGAACUCUCUAAGGUGGGCACAAGACAGAGCAGAUGGCUUGUGCUCUCCUUUGCCCAGUUGAUGUGGGGUUUUUUUUAGGGGGGUGGAGGGUCUGUGUCCAAGGCAUAGACAACAGGUUAAGCCACAACAUGGGAUUAAAAUUACAAAGCACUUUGAAUAGUAGGGCCAAGCCACUUUCCCACUGGAGUGAGAGAAAAAGGAAUUUUACCUUCCCAUCCUUCAUUCCACCUCAAAUAACCUAGUAACUAGAAGAACUAGGGAAGAUAGGAUGACAGGGAACAGGAAAUGGCCACAGGAGUUCCGUGGGAAAACAUAAUUGACCUAUAGAAUGAAUAGUGCUUAGCAAGAAAAAAAUAUUAAGGCUGUAUGAGAUAGGCAGGAUCUUAGACUUUUAGAAAGUCAACUCUUUGGACAGAUCUGGCAAGAUUUUAGCAGACCAGGAUUGGCGAAGUCCCUUGGCCUUCUCUGUUAGGUUUUCCUAUACGGGUGAACCAUAUGAAACUUUACCUUGCAGAGAUGGUAAGAAAGGCAGAACUCAGAUGUUAACUGGGAGCUGUUAGGUAGGAGAAGGGGUCAGGGGCAGAAUCCACAGAGGCCUUUACGAGUUUAUUUACAAGGGAUGGUCAAAUGCCUCCGCACCCUCAUAUCCUCUCCAGAUGGGACUGGUAUUUCCAUCCUAUGUCAAAUCAUAGGAGAGCGGACAGUCCAAGCAAUAAUAAAAUAAUAACGAUUAUAAAGAGAGCAACAAUAAUAAUAAUAUUUAUUGAGCUGCUAAUGUAUACCAGAUUAAUAAGACUCUGACAUUGAAUCCUCGCAACAUCAUACAAGGAAGAUACUGUUAACCUACUAGGAAAUGGAGUCUCGAAGAGAUUAAGUGGCUUAUCAAAGGUCACGCAGCUGAUGAGUAACAGCCAGAAUUUGAACCCGGACAGCUGAAUUCAUCAUUCUGUACAUUACUGAAAACGUUUCCCAGGAAGGUUGUCAGGUCCUUCUUUCCUGUCUUACUGUAACAUCCUUCUCCUGGGACCCUGCCUACUUUCAAUAGAAUGUUCCACUUCUCGUUGCUCCUCAAGGCAGGAAACUUGAAGGACUCCGGGUUUACCUCCUGUCUUUACCCGCUGGCAGAGUCUGAGAGCUCCAGGCGGGCUCAUACCAGUUGCUGCUGAUGCCUUUCUUUACCGCCAGACCCCAGUGUCUCAGGGUGCACGCACCCCAUGGCGGUGACUGUCAUUGAAGUGAUUUGGGAGCCAAGUAAAAACAAUCUAUAGAUGGCUCAUUUUGUUCAUUAGUUCCUUUUUGGCAUAAUUUAGAUAACCAGAUUUCAGGAUCUACAAGAUAGGAGACCGCCUAGGAAAUGGAAAAGUCUUUCCCAGCAAGCUGGGAGAAAGUAUGGGUUCUUUAUCUGGAUAAUCCCUCUUAAGAGCAGUCUCCAGAGCAGGCAUUUGUAAUCAUAGGGGGAUCAGGGGUUUCUGAAUCCCCCCAAAUUAUGAGUAAAACCCUAAGAGCAUACUUUUUUCAUGUUCUCAAAAGAAUGUGUACUUUUAAAAAAGGUUCAAUAAGAAUAUGCCUAAUGACCUCUCCGUCCGCCCACUUUAUCCCCAAAGGUCGCUGUCUCCAUGGGGAUAUUGCCCAAACACAUCCUUCUGUAAACAUUGCUUCCAGAGGCCCUGCCUCAGGCACUCUUGCCCUGAAGCUCUUACCC